CUCUUUUGCUCUCUCCUUCUUUCUUUCUCUCUCCCAAACCCCCACCCCCCACCAAAUGGAAACUCUGCCUCCGCCACCCGCGGCGGCUCCACCUCUUUCCUCCACCCCCACCACCGCAACAACCCCUGCCGCCAACAUCAACGCCACCUAUCCAGACUCCAUCGAUUCCUCGCCACGCUCCCGCAACACGGAUUCAUGGGAAGACCCAGCUCCUCCCCCUACUCUCUACUCAAAGCUCCGCCUGAUGUGCAGUUAUGGCGGUACUAUCGUCCCUCGUCCCCACGACAAAGCCUUGUGUUACAUCGGCGGCGACACUCGUAUGGUUGUCGUGGACCGCCACACUUCCCUCGGUUCUCUCCACCAGCGCCUCUCAAAUUCUCUUCUCCACGGCCGCCCUUUUACUCUAAAGUACCAACUUCCCUCUGAAGACCUUGACUCUCUCAUCUCUGUUACAACCGACGAAGACCUUGAAAACAUGAUCGAUGAAUACGACCGUACUUGUUCCCAAACAACAUCGUCAAGCAAGUCCUCCCGUAUUCGCCUCUUUCUUUUCCCUCUCAAUCCGGAGGGAAGCCCGGCGUCUUCACAUUCAAUUGAGCCGAUUAUUAACAAUCCGACCAAGUCUGAUGAAUGGUUUCUUAACGCGUUGAAUGGGGCAGGAUUGUUGAACAGAGGGUUUUCGGAAUCGGGGACGAACGUGAAUUGUUUGUUGGGAUUGGAUGAUGAUCGUCAGGGAAAUGUUGUUGAAGUUGGUUUGAAAGAUGAAGGGAGUGGAAGUCAGAAGAAUAUGAAUUUAAAAAAUCAAGAUGUUCAUUCGGUUCCUGAUUCUCCUAUGCUUGAAACUACAUCUUCUUUUGGUUCAACUUCUUCCUCUCCUUCGCUUGCUAACUUGCCUCCCAUUCGAGUCCAGGCUGAGGAUCAGAAGGAGCAUAAGAUGGUGGGGAUUGAGGAACAGUUUGCUCAGUUUACUGUAGCUGCACCUGCUUGUGUUGCUGGUGGAGGGGUGAAGCACCUGGAUGAAGGGUUUGUGGCAUUGUCAGCACCGCCGCCGAUGCCGGUGGGCAUAGCUGUUUCUGGUGGUGGGGUGGGUUUGAGUUCAGGUGUGGUUCCUGGGGACUAUAUGAAUCGGGGUUUUUCUGAUGAUGACAGAUCGGAUCAUGGGGUUCCUGUUGGGUAUAGGAAACCACCACCUCCACAGUCACAACCUCAGGUUUUGCCUCUUCAGAAUCAACAGAAGUCUAGCAGUGGUCAUGAUUUGGCUUCUCCGGAUUCCGUCUCAAGUGAUAAUAGUUUUACAAAUCCAUUGUCACGCCAAAAACCUAUGAUUUAUCAAGACCCAAUUGUUCAAAUCCCAUCUGGGGCUAACAGGGUUCCUGCAAACCCUGUUGAUCCAAAGCUCAAUACCUCUGAUCCGAACACAAACGCUCAGGUUCAGAUACAACAACCAGUUCAGGAUUCUGGUUAUAUAUUGCAGCACCCCCAAUAUGAUCAACAGCAACAACAACAACAACAAUUUCUACAUGCUGGUGCAGCACAUUACAUUCAUCAUCAUCCCACUGGGGCGGUGCCAAUCUCAGCUUAUUACCCGGUAUAUCCUUCCCAACAGCAACACCAUCAUCAUCACACACAGGUUGAUCAGCAAUAUCCCAUGUAUUACGUGCCUGCAAGGCAACCCCAAGCUUACAACUUGCCUGUCCAGCAACCUAGUAUUAGUGAAGCCACUAAUGCAAUCACAUCUAGCCAUCCACAGACUCCUCCCAAUACUACCAUGGUUCCACCUCCUGGUGCAUACAACCCUAUGAGAAAUGCUCCUAUUGCCAAACCUGAAAUGGCUGCUGCUACAGGAAUGUACAGAACAACUACUGGUUCUCCGCAACUGGUUCAAUUGCCAAACAGUCAGCAUCAGCAACAAUAUGUAGGUUUCUCUCAGAUUCAUCAUCCAUCACAAUCUGUUGCACCUACAUCCGCUGCCACUGCCGCAUAUACUUAUGAAUUCACUGAUCCUGCUCAUGCUCAGAUAUACUACACUCAGCCUUUGGCACCUAGAAUGCCUUCUCAAUACCAAACCAUGACUGCAGCUGCUGCAGUUGUAUUGCCAGAUGCAUCUGCUCAACUUCCAACCGAUAACAUCAAGCCACAGAUUAGAACUUCACAGCCAAUCUAAAUCAGUCAAGAAGAAAGUAACAACAAUUUUGAAAGAAGGGUUUGGUUUAUAUCUUUAAUUUCUGUUUUAAUGUCUGCCUUGUUAUUGGUAUUGGUUUGUGAUAUGUAUUUGUGAAAGAUAAGGAACUCUGGUGGUCCUUUUCUAUCUGGUGUAUGUCGUAUUGUUGUUAUUGUCACAGGAAAUGAAAAGUCAUCUAAAGAUUAUACUGUAAAAGCUCAAACUCAAAUAUUGUGUGCUUUGUGCAGUUCAUAUAUCAGUUACUUAAUAAUGGUUAUAAUGGUUAUACAAAUAGCACAAGCUUCAAGUUAA